GACGUUUCUGUGUACAAAACACUUUUGACAACUGAACAUAGAGUUGAUAAUUUGUUUACUUCAUAUUUUUCAGACCAAAUAUUCACAAUUCUCAAAUAAUAAAUAUGAUUUCUUCAGAUCCCGUUUUGGAUGAAAGAGUAAAGAAGACGAGUGAAAAAAUGUCCGAAAAUUUACAUAUUAUUGGAAAUGACCCGUCUUUGGCACUAUUUCGUAUGCAAGAACAUAUUCGAAAAGUGAUGCCAAUGAUUGUGGAACGUCGGGCUGAUGUCGAAAAUAUUCAACACGAGUUGCAAGGGCGUUGUUACGAUUUAGAAUAUUCUUUAAGUGCUAUUAAAUCAAUAGAUAAAUCAGAUGGUACGUUCAAAAAUAUUCAGGAAUUGCUAAAAAGUGCCAUAUUUUUAAAACAACAACUGAAGAGUGAAGAGACGAAACGACGACCAGGUACAUCUGGCAGCCAAAAUUCGGUUUACAAGAGAUUAUCAGCACAUAUUCAAACAACAUUAGAAUUGCCUGACCUUGAUUUUUCGGGUGCAUUACGUGAAACGACUUCUCGCGUCGAAAAUAUGAUGUCGUCAAAUGCCCGAAACACUUCAACACAACCAAAUCCAGUCACAAGCAGCAGCAGAGCCAGUAGCAUUAGUAAUGUUAGCACAAGCAGCGAAGUUAUGCAACGAUCACAUACAACUCUGCAUUAAAUCACGUUAUGAGAUAACUAUGACUAUGAAAGCACACGAGUGUUCCGGAAGUAGUUUGGGCUAUAAUCGAUUCAGCGAUUUGCAGACUCUCUAUUACACAAAUUGGCCAACAAAUUAUUCGAAAGAAAAAUAAAUUCCUCGAUAGAACUAAGAAGAUCUUAAAAAAAGAUUUAACAAAUUGAAUACUGAUUUCAUUCCCACGAAAACACUAAAAAUGAGAUUAAAUAUUGAGCGCUUAUUUACAAAAAUGUCUCG